CCCACAGCAGUACAGAAUAAAAGAGAAAGGGAGAGGGGAGAAGUGCUCAUGUUGUUGUCUCCAGAGCACAAAGUGUGUCACUUGGUUGUCAAGAGCUGGUCUGAGACAUCUCUUCACCAUGACCUCUUACAGCUAUAGGCAAUCUUCCUCCACCAUGGGUGGUGGAAACUUUGGUGGUUUUUUGUCCUGCAGAGCUCCAAGCAUCCACGGGGGAUCUGGUGGCCAUGGCAUCUCUGUCUCUUCUGCUAGAUUUGUCUCUUCUGGGUUGGGAGGGGGCAUGAGUGGUGGCUAUGGUGGUGGAGGAUUUAACUAUGGUAGUGGCUCCUAUGGUGGAGGCUUUGGAAGUGGGGCUGGAAGUGGCUUUGGUGGGAACCUAAAUGUCAAUGAUGGCCUCCUUUCGGGAAAUGAAAAGAUGACUAUGCAGAACUUGAAUGACCGCUUGGCAAACUACCUGGACAAGGUGCGUGCUCUGGAGGACGCAAACACUGAACUAGAGGUUAAAAUUCGAGAGUGGUACCAGAAGCAGGGACCGUGUCCGACCCGUGAUUACAGCACAUUUUACAAGACAAUUGAAGACCUCCGAGACAAGAUCAUGGAUGCAACCGUUGAAAAUAACACAAUCAUCCUGCAGAUUGACAAUGCCAGGUUGGCUGCUGAUGACUUUAAAACCAAGUUUGAGACUGAACAAGCCCUGCGCAUGAGUGUGGAAGCUGAUAUUAAUGGCCUACGCCGAGUCUUAGAUGAGCUGACCUUAUCUAGAACCGAUCUGGAGCUUCAGAUUGAAAGCCUGAAAGAAGAACUGGCCUAUCUUAAGAAGAACCAAGAGGAGGAACUGGGUGCUCUCUCCGGGCAACUGAGUGGCCAAGUGAGUGUUGAAGUUGACUCUGCCCCAGGCAUUGACCUCACCAAGAUCCUGGCAGACAUGAGAGACCAGUAUGAACUGCUGGCUGACAAGAACCGGAGGGAUGCCGAGGCAUGGUUUACAAGCAAGACUGAAGAACUGAGUAAAGAGGUCGCCAUCAAUACUGAACAGCUUCAGACCAGCAAGACAGAGAUUACAGACUUGAGACGGACUCUCCAGGGCCUGGAGAUAGAGCUGCAGUCUCAGCUCAGCAUGAAAGCUGCCCUGGAAGGCACCUUGGCAGACACAGAAGCUCGCUAUGGCACCCAGUUGUGCCAGAUCCAAGGCCUGAUCAGCAACAUAGAAGCCCAGCUGGUUGAGGUCCGAGCCGACAUGGAACGGCAGAACAGUGACUAUAAGAUGUUGAUGGGCAUCAAGACCCGUCUGGAGCAAGAGAUUGAGACUUAUCGCCAGCUCUUGGACGGCCAGGACUUCAACUUUGCAGGUAUUGCCUCAGGAAUGCAUGGUAAGGUUUUGUUAUUUAGAGGGAGGGAAAGUGAUAGAAAGCAAUCUUUAAUACAGUUUGCCAAAUAUGGGCUGGAAGGUAUGACCAAGCCGAGUAACAGUCUUGCACCUGAACUUUCCUUCACGAUGACUUCAUACUAUUACCAAAGUUCCUCUUCUGCUUAUGGGGGCGGCGGUGGCGGCGGCUCUGGCCGUGUUGCUUCUGUCCGCCUUGGACCAUCCAGUGUCCAUGGGGGAGCUGGAGGCCGUAUAUCCGCCUCUUCAGCUAAGUUUGUGUCUUCUGGGUCAGGAUAUGGAGGCGGUUAUGGAUAUGGAAGUGGCUUAGGAGGUGGCUGUGGUGUUGGAUAUGUUUCUGGUGGUGGCACUGGCUAUGGAAGCUGCUUUGGUGGUGGAGUUGGUGGGGGCUAUGGUGGGGGCUAUGGUGGGGGCUAUGGUGGGGGCUAUGGUGGGGGCUAUGGUGGUGGUUUUGACUUUGCGCUUGGUGGUGGUGGUGGUGGUGGUGGUGACGGAGGCCUUCUUACUGGAAAUGAGAAGAUCACCAUGCAAAAUCUCAAUGACCGCUUGGCAAAUUACUUGGAUAAGGUGCGAGCUCUAGAGGAGGCAAAUACCGAGUUAGAGAUCAAGAUCCGAGACUGGCAUCAAAGGCAGGCACCCACCAGCUCAGCCAAGGACUACAGCCAUUACUACAAGAUAAUUGCAGACCUCUGUGACAAGGUUCAUGAUGCUACAGUUGACAAUGCUAGGGCUAUUUUGGAGAUUGACAAUGCUAGACUGGCUGCUGAUGACUUCAGACUGAAGUAUGAGAAUGAGCUGCAUCUCCGCCAGGGUGUUGAGAGUGACAUCAAUGGUCUGCGCAGAGUCUUGGAUGAACUAACUCUGUUUAAAUCUGACAUGGAAAUGCAGAUUGAAGAGAAGAAGGAAGAUCUGGCCUACCUCAAAAAGAAUCAUGAGGAGUUAAUGAAAGAAUACAGCACUCAACUGACUGGAAAGGUCAGCGUUGAGAUGGACGCCGCACCUGGAGUUGACCUCACCAAAGUUUUGGCCGACAUGCGAGAACAGUAUGAACAUCUGGCUGAGAAGAACCGCAGAGAUGCUGAGGCCUGGUUCUUUACCAAGACCGAAGAACUGAAUCGUGAAGUUGCCACCCACACCGAACAACUACAGACAAGCAAGACUGAGAUUUCAGAACUAAGACGUACAAUACAGAGCUUGGAAAUAGAGUUGCAAUCACAGCUUAGCAUGAAAGCUGGCUUGGAAACCAGUUUAGCAGAGACAGAAGGCCGGUACUGUGCUCAGCUAGCGCAAAUCCAGAACCUGAUCACAGGCGUGGAAGAACAGCUGGCUGAGCUGAGGAAUGACAUGGAACGCCAGAAUCAUGAAUACAAGAUGCUCAUGGAUAUCAAAACACGGCUGGAACAGGAGAUUGCCACCUACCGCAACCUGUUGGAGGGCCAAGACUCAAAACUCCCAGGAUGGUCUCCAAAAGAUGUAUCCUAUGGAGGAGGUAGCGCCACUAUCACCUACACUAGUGGCGGCAGUGGUGGUGGCGGCGGCGGCGGCAGCUACAGCAGUGGCGGCAGUGGGGGGGGCGGCGGCAGCUACAGCAGUGGCGGCACUACCAUCACUGCCAGCAAAGUGCGUUCUGGAAACUUCUGAAUCUCCUGAAAAGCGCACGCACCUGUCGGACGGGCUUUCUUCCUUGAAGAGAAAGGUGGAGCAGACCCAGCACAGCCACAAAAUCCUUCCUUUUGCACACGUAUGCCUCGGCUUGGCUCCCUUCUUCACCGCGUUCCGUUUCAAGCUUUGCCUGACUCAUCCCAGCAGAUGCUCGUUCUGUACUGCUUGAGAUAAUAAAAAUCCUCUGGGCUUGAUUUUGCAAAUAAAAA